AUGGACACGAGCAAGCUCAAGCCCAACGACCCGCGCGUCACCAGCCACUACGAGACGAUUCGCGGCAAGAAAUACCACUACAUUGUCGGCGAGCCGCACGGCACCAAGAUCGGCACCAUGCUCCUCGUGCAUGGCUUCCCGGACAUGGGCUUCGGCUGGCGCGCGCAGGUGCCGUACUUUAUGGCGCGCGGCUACCAGGUGCUCGUCCCCGACAACGUCGGCUACGCGCGGACCGACGCGCCGGCCGACCUGAGCCACUACACCUUUGCGAGCACCGCGGCCGACCUGGCCGAGCUCGCGCGCAAGCACGUCGGCGCGGACGGCCAGAUCGUGCUCGGCGGCCACGACUGGGGCGGGCUGGUCGCGUGGCGCAUGGUCGACCGGUACCCGGCGCUCGUGGCGCGCGCCUUUGUCGUGUGCACGCCGUACGUGCGCGCCGCGGCGCAGUACACGCCGCUCGAGGACCUCAUCCGCGCCGGCAUCCUGACCAACUUUUCGUACCAGCUGCAGUUUGGCGGGCCUGAGGUCGAGGCGCGCGUGCAGGGCCGCGACCGCAUCCGGCAGCUGCUCAACGCCAUGUACGGCGGCCAGGGCCCCGCCGGCGAGCUCGGCAUGCGCGUCAGCCAGGGCGUCGUCUUUGAGAACCUGGACCGCCUCGGCCCGUCGCCGCUGCUGGAGCCCGCCGAGCUCGACUUUUACGCCGACGAGUACGCGCGCCAGCCCGCGCCCGAGCUGCGCGGGCCGCUCAACUGGUACCGCACCCGCCGCCUCAACUUCGAGGCCGACCAGGACCUGGCCGCCGCGCGCAGCAGCAGCAAGGGCGCCAAGAUCGCCGUGCCGUCGCUCUUCAUCGCCGCGAGCAGGGACGCCGCCCUGCCCCCCGCCAUGUCGCUCUCCAUGGACGACAACUUUGACGACCUGACGCGCGCCGAGGUCGACGCGAGCCACUGGGCGCUGGUGGAAAAGGCGGACGAGGUCAAUAGCAUCGUGAGCGAGUGGCUGGAGAAGAAGACGGCCGCCAAGGCAUCACUGUAA